CAUUGCUCCGCUGGUCCUCCCGUUAAAACGAAUUCAUUUUUUGGAGUCUCUGCUUCUUGCAUAUUCUAUUAGUUGUUUUUUUCUUUUUAUCCUCGCUCCGUUCCUACUGGAGAGGUGAAACUACAUAGGCACUUGGGCGACGUUGUUUUCGCUGGACCAGAUGAGCUUUAUUCAUGAACAUAGAUAGAGAAUUUCGCUCUUCAGUUUUCCUCCUCUCCAGCCGCGAAGAGAAAGAAAGGAAUUUAUUUCGCACGGCACUUUGGAUCUCGUGUCCAUCAUAAAGCUUUUCUUUUCACUUCGACGCUCACGAGAAUCUCCUCAAUAAGACAUUUUCAAGCAAACUGAUUUUAAUUACGGCUGGUUCGCUUUCUCUUCAAGAUUGGGUUCCCGAAUGGCUGACUGCAAUUUACCUUGGAGCUGGCCUCCCGACAAUUGUAUAUCGUGAUCGGGUGCCUUUUCUCUCGUCUCCUGUAUUUUGAAUGUAUUGAUUGUUUUCGGUUCCUACUUUUUCAUAUGAGAGUGGCUGCUCCGAUUUGACUUUGCGCUGCCGUUCGCCCGACAUCUCCCUUUUCCCAGCUCUCAUAUCCGAGCGACCAGUUCGCUUGAUAGCACUUUUCGGGCCCGAGAUAUGGCAAUGGUAGUUAGCGUCUGGCGAGAUCCGCAGGAAGACGUGGCCGGAGGACCUCCGAGCGGCCCCAAUCCAGCAGCUCAGCCGGCGAGGGAGCAACAGCAGGCGGCGUCGGCAGCACCUCACACUCCGCAGACCCCUAGUCAGCCAGGACCCCCGUCAACACCAGGGACAGCUGGCGACAAGGGGAGUCAAAAUUCUGGACAGAGCCAACAGCAUAUAGAAUGUGUUGUUUGCGGGGACAAAUCGAGUGGCAAGCACUAUGGCCAAUUCACCUGUGAGGGAUGCAAAAGUUUCUUCAAGAGAAGCGUCCGGAGGAACUUAACAUACACAUGUCGUGCCAACAGGAACUGUCCUAUUGACCAGCACCAUCGUAAUCAGUGCCAAUAUUGUCGGCUUAAGAAGUGCUUAAAAGUGGGCAUGCGGCGGGAAGUUCUGGAUGUACAUUUCCUCUCCCUUUCUUUCUUUUUGUCAGCGGUUCAGCGAGGAAGAAUGCCUCCAACCCAACCGAACCCAGGCCAAUACGCACUUACGAAUGGGGAUCCCUUGAACGGGCAUUGCUAUCUCUCCGGAUACAUCUCGUUACUGCUUCGGGCUGAGCCUUAUCCUACAUCCCGUUAUGGCAGUCAGUGCAUGCAGCCCAACAACAUUAUGGGGAUCGAGAACAUCUGCGAGCUUGCGGCUCGCCUGCUCUUCAGUGCGGUGGAAUGGGCAAGGAACAUCCCUUUCUUUCCCGAUCUACAGAUCACCGACCAGGUGUCCCUGCUCAGACUGACUUGGAGCGAGUUAUUUGUGCUUAACGCGGCGCAGUGCUCCAUGCCACUGCAUGUGGCUCCGCUGCUCGCCGCCGCUGGCCUGCAUGCUUCUCCUAUGUCGGCGGACCGCGUCGUGGCUUUCAUGGAUCACAUUCGAAUCUUCCAGGAGCAAGUGGAGAAGCUCAAGGCCCUGCACGUCGACUCCGCAGAGUACAGCUGUAUCAAGGCAAUAGUGCUUUUUACAUCAGACGCUUGCGGCCUAUCAGACGCUGCUCACAUUGAAAGCCUACAGGAGAAGUCUCAGUGUGCCCUGGAGGAGUACGUGAGGAGCCAGUACCCGAACCAGCCCAGCCGCUUUGGCAAGCUUUUGCUGCGGCUGCCCUCUCUUCGCACCGUCUCCUCGUCGGUAAUUGAACAGCUGUUCUUCGUCCGCUUGGUAGGUAAAACUCCCAUAGAAACGCUCAUACGGGAUAUGUUACUAUCCGGGAGCAGCUUCAACUGGCCCUACAUGUCCAUUCAAUGAUCCGAAUGAGUGAGUGCAAAAGAGACUAAAGGACCAAAUUCUGCAGCCCAGUUACAAGAAGACUAUAUAUAGGACCUCGUUUCUGAUCACCUAAGGAGACACUUUCUUUUUUCUUUUUUCAUUUCUUUUUUUGUCUUCUGGGACCGAGAUGGAAUAUGUAAUGUACAAAGAAUAAAGAACUGGACUUACUCCCAUGUAAAUCCAUCGUCGUCAUCAUCAAGAACGCUCUCCAUUUUGUAAAAUACUAGUCUUUAUUUUCUUUUUUUUUUUUGUAAAAAAUUAAAAAAAAAAACAACAAAAAUAAAAUACGU